GGGACCCAGAGUUGGACGGAGAACCUGAUGGAGGACCAGACGGAAUGAGGAUGAAGAGGACAGAUACUUUACAUUCUACCACAAGUUCAACUGGAACACAGAGAAGGAGGGGCCAGACACACAAGAAACAGGUUCAAGGCACAAACCAGGUGCAGAGAGCCCCCAGAGCUCUGUUCUGCCUUCGCCUCAACAACCCUAUCAGACAGGCAGCUUUGCACAUUGUCGAGUGGAAACCUUUCGAUAUUUUCAUCUUGUUGGCCAUCUUUGCAAACUGUGUGGCUCUGGGAGUGUCCAAACCUUUCCCUGAGGACGACUCGAACUCCACCAACCAUGACCUGGAGCAAGUAGAGUAUGUGUUCCUUAUCAUCUUCACCAUAGAGACGUUUCUGAAGAUCCUGGCCUAUGGUCUGGUUAUGCACCCUAGCUCCUACAUCAGGAACGGCUGGAACCUGCUGGACUUUGUUAUCGUCAUCGUCGGACUGUUCAGUGUGGUUUUAGAGACUAUGACCCAUAAGUCCGGAGAACAGACCCACCACAUGCCGGGGAAACCAGGAGGACUCGAUGUGAAGGCUCUACGAGCUUUUAGAGUCCUGAGACCACUGAGACUUGUGUCAGGUGUACCCAGUCUCCAGAUUGUAUUGAACUCCAUAAUGAAGGCCAUGGUUCCUCUAUUGCACAUUGCGCUGCUUGUCCUCUUUGUCAUUAUAAUCUAUGCCAUCAUUGGACUGGAGUUGUUCAUCGGACGCAUGCACAGGACCUGUUAUUACAUCAGCACAGAUACAUUCGUGGAGGAUGAGCCUGUGCCAUGUGCGUUUGCGGGCCAUGGCAGGCAGUGCAUAGUGAACGGGUCCGAAUGCAGGGGCAAGUGGGACGGGCCGAAUGGAGGAAUAACAAACUUCGACAAUUUCUUCUUUGCCAUGUUAACAGUGUUCCAGUGCAUCACAAUGGAGGGCUGGACUGAUGUGCUCUACUGGAUGAAUGACGCCAUAGGAUUUGAGUUGCCCUGGGUGUACUUUGUCAGUUUGGUGAUUUUUGGGUCGUUCUUUGUCCUGAACCUGGUUUUGGGAGUCCUCAGCGGAGAGUUCAGUAAGGAGAGGGAGAAGGCCAAGGCUCGUGGGGACUUUCAGAAGCUGCGGGAGAAGCAGCAGAUGGAGGAGGACCUGUGCGGGUACAUGGAUUGGAUCACACAGGCAGAAGACAUGGACGAACUAGACGAGGAUGGAAACCCACAUCCGUCUUUAGGUGACUUAUCCGAUAAGAAGAGAGGAAAGUUUGGAUGGUUCAGUCACUCCAAUGAGACACACGCGAGUUUGCCGGCGAGUGAAACAGGCUCAGAAAAUACAGAGAACAUUGAUGAGGAGCACUACAACUGCUGCCAGGCCUGCUGCGCCCGUAUGAUGAAGAUCCCCUGCUGUCGUGUUUUCCGUCGCUGGAACCGCGUUUGCCGCAGAAACUGUCGCACCGCAGUCAAGUCCACCACCUUCUACUGGCUGGUCCUGCUCCUGGUUUUUCUUAACACAUCUCUGUCAGCUUCAGAGCACUAUGACCAACCAGAGUGGCUCACACAAGUACAGGACAUUGCAAACAAAGUGCUGCUGUCCCUUUUCACUGUGGAGAUGCUGUUGAAGAUGUACAGUCUGGGUCUGGCUCAUUACUUUGUGGCCUUUUUCAACCGGUUUGACUGUUUUGUGGUGUGCGGAGGCAUCAUGGAGACCAUUUUAGUGGAGCUGGAUAUCAUGCCCCCCCUCGGCAUCUCUGUGCUGCGCUGUGUCCGGCUGUUGCGAAUAUUCAAGGUCACACGACACUGGACAGCCCUGUCAAACCUGGUAGCGUCUCUGCUGAACUCCAUGAAGUCAAUCGCAUCACUGCUGUUGCUCCUCUUCCUCUUCCUCAUCAUCUUUGCGCUGCUUGGGAUGCAGCUGUUUGGAGGAAAGUUUAACUUUGAUGAGACUCAAACCAAACGGAGCACUUUCGACGCCUUUCCCCAGGCCCUGCUUACCUGCUUCCAGAUCCUGACAGGAGAGGACUGGAACGUGGUAAUGUACGAUGGGAUCAUGGCAUAUGGAGGACCAGUGUUCCCGGGAAUGAUCGUCUGUGUUUACUUCGUGAUUCUCUUCAUCUGCGGAAACUACAUCCUACUAAACGUGUUCUUGGCCAUUGCUGUGGACAAUCUGGCUGGGGGAGACAGUGAGGACAAGAAGACAGAUAAGAAGAAGGAGGAAGGAGAGGAGGAGGAGGAGGAGGAGGUUGCAGAGGGAGAGGUCAAAGUGGACAUUGAUGAAGAAACUGAGUAUGAGGAAGAGGAGGAAAUUGUUGAAGGAGAAGAUGAUGGAGGGGUGCAGUUAAAGAUGGCCGACCUGGCACCGCCCAAAGAAAAGGUGGUCCCAAUCCCAGAGGGAAGCGCCUUCUUCUGCCUCAGCAAAACCAAUCCUAUCCGAGUGGGGUGCCACACUCUGAUUCACCAUCACAUCUUCACCAACCUCAUCCUGGUCUUCAUCAUCCUCAGUAGCUGCUCCCUGGCUGCGGAGGACCCCAUCAGAGCGCACUCUUUUAGGAAUAAUAUCCUGGGUUAUGCUGACUAUGCCUUCACCUCCAUCUUUACUGUGGAGAUUCUUCUGAAGAUGACAGUCCAUGGGGCUUUUCUGCACCAGGGUUCAUUCUGCAGAAACUGGUUUAAUCUGUUGGAUCUUCUAGUCGUCAGUGUCUCCUUGGUGUCUUUCUUUCUCCAUUCAAGUGCAAUCUCUGUUGUGAAGAUCCUGCGAGUUUUAAGAGUGCUCCGUCCUCUGAGGGCCAUCAACAGAGCAAAAGGCCUGAAGCACGUGGUCCAGUGUGUGUUUGUGGCCAUCAGGACCAUUGGAAACAUCAUGAUCGUCACCACUUUGCUGCAGUUCAUGUUCGCCUGCAUUGGAGUGCAGCUCUUCAAGGGAAAAUUCUAUCGUUGCACAGAUGAGGCAAAACAUACUCCAGAACAGUGCAAAGGCACAUUUGUCAUUUACAAAGACGGAGACGUGAAUCUACCAAUGGUCCGGGAACGGAUCUGGCACAACAGUGACUUUAACUUUGACAACGUCCUGAUGGGGAUGAUGGCUUUGUUCACUGUGUCCACGUUUGAAGGCUGGCCUGCGCUGCUUUACAAGGCUAUUGAUGCUAACGGCGAGAAUGCAGGGCCCAUCUACAACUACAGAGUGGAAAUUUCCAUAUUCUUCAUUGUCUACAUCAUCAUCAUCGCAUUCUUCAUGAUGAACAUCUUUGUGGGCUUUGUCAUCAUCACAUUCAGAGAGCAAGGAGAGCAGGAGUACAAGAACUGUGAACUGGACAAGAAUCAGCGUCAGUGCGUGGAGUAUGCUCUGAAAGCUCAGCCUCUCAAACUGUACAUACCCAAAAAUCCGGUUCAGUACAAGUUCUGGUCCAUAAUCAACUCAACAGGCUUUGAAUAUGUGAUGUUUGUUCUAAUCCUGCUCAACACAGUCACUCUGGCUGUGCAGCAUUAUGAGCAGUCCAAGUCCUUCAGCCACAUCAUGGAUAUUCUCAACAUGGUGUUCACUGGACUCUUUACUGUGGAGAUGGUUCUCAAACUUCUAGCUCUCAACCUAAGGCAUUACUUUGUUGAUGCCUGGAACUCAUUUGACGCUCUGAUUGUCGUGGGCAGCGUUGUGGACAUUGUGGUCACAGAAUUUAGUAGUGGGGAGGACAGCUCACGUGUGUCGAUAACAUUCUUCCGCCUGUUCCGUGUGAUGAGACUUGUCAAACUGUUGAGUAAAGGAGAAGGGAUCCGAACACUUCUUUGGACUUUUGUCAAGUCUCUACAGGCUCUUCCAUACGUUGCUCUGCUCAUCGCCAUGAUCUUCUUUAUCUAUGCUGUCAUUGGCAUGCAGACAUUUGGUAAAAUUGCCAUGCAGGACCACACUCAAAUUAAUCGGAACAACAACUUCCAGACUUUUCCUCAGGCUGUUCUGCUGCUCUUCAGGUGUGCCACAGGUGAGGCGUGGCAGGAGAUCAUGUUGGCCAGUUUACCAGGGAAACGCUGUGACCCAGAAUCGGAUUAUGAACCCGGAGAAGAGUUCAGCUGUGGGAGCAACUUUGCCAUUGUCUAUUUCAUCAGCUUCUUCAUGCUUUGCGCUUUUCUGAUCAUUAACCUGUUUGUGGCUGUCAUCAUGGAUAACUUUGACUAUCUGACACGUGAUUGGUCGAUUCUGGGUCCGCAUCAUCUGGACGAGUUCAAGAGGAUCUGGUCUGAGUACGACCCAGAGGCCAAGGGCCGUAUUAAACACCUGGACGUAGUGGCUCUGCUCAGAAGGAUCCAGCCUCCUCUAGGCUUUGGCAAACUCUGUCCUCACAGGGUUGCCUGCAAGCGUCUGGUGGCUAUGAACAUGCCUCUGAAUGCUGAUGGGAUGGUCACAUUUAAUGCCACUCUCUUUGCCCUGGUACGAACUGCCCUGAAGAUCAAGACAGAAGGUAACCCGGAUAUUGAGAAUGAGGAGCUGCGUGCCAUCAUAAAGAAGAUCUGGAAGAGAAUCAAACCUAAACUGUUAGAUGAGGUGAUUCCUCCACAUGAAGGUAAAGGGGAGGAGGUAACUGUCGGGAAGUUCUACGCUACGUUCCUCAUCCAGGACUAUUUCAGAAAGUUCCGCAAGAGGAAGGAGAGAGGAGGUCUAAACGGAGAAGCUGAGGAUGCCAACCCUUCUGCUGUUCAGUUGUGUAAGGCGGGACUGAAGACCCUGCAAGACCUUGGACCUGAGAUGCGUUUGGCUCUGACCGAAGAUCUGGAAGAAGAGGAGGAGGCCAUGAUGGAGGAAGAGGCCAGACUGAGUACUCACAGUGGAGAGAGAAGAGGCUCUAUGCUGACUCCCACAGGUUCAGGGGGUGUGCUUGGAGACGGCAGCAUCUCAAAUGGAGGAGGACUGAUCCAUAGAGUCGGAUCUCUCACCAAAACACCAACAGGCUCUGAGCACGAGGACCUGAGCCGCCAUGGAGACCGGCAAACUGUCAAUCACCAGAACCACCAGAACUUGAUCCGAAGGGGGUCUAAGAGUAAUGGCAUGGAGCCGGUUCGGAGAGGAUCCUACAGUAAGAACAGGAGGGAUUCGAGAGACAGAUUAAGCCAGAAUGACUUGGAUCCAUACGGAGACCGACUCUACAGUCACGAGGAGGACAGGGAGAGCAUCAUUUCCAGAGACAGAGACAGCCGUUACCAGGAUGAGCCGCCAACGUACAGAGAGCGGUACAAUGGGCACUACAGGGAGCAUCACUAUGACAACGGAUACAGAGACAGUCACCAUGGAGACGGGUACGGCAACUACAGCGAAGGGUUCAAUGAUGGUAGGAGGACGACACGAAGACGACUGCUCCCUGCCACACCCACAGGUCGGAAACCCUCCUUUAACCUCCAGUGUCUGCGGCGACAAGAUAGUGAUGACCUGCCUCUCCCUGGGACUUAUCACCCCACGUCCCCCCCAAGGAGGUCCAGACCACCGGGCUCUUUUGGAAGUGCUGACCCCCGCUCGGUGUCUUCAUCCUGGGCUAACCCUAACCCUCGGCGUGGGCGGCUGCUUUACGCACCUCUGAUCCUAGUGGAGGAGCAGGAUGAGCACUGGGAGAGAGGCCUGGAGGGAGGCACAGGACUCAAAACUCCAGGUGUGAGUGUGACCGGAGCAGCUCCCAGUCCAACCUGGUACGGUGGCCCAGGAGGGACAUCAGCCCCUCCUCCGUACAGGGCCUACACCACUCUCAGGGUCCCCUCUCAGCUUUCACACUUCACGGAGAAACGAGGAUCUGCCGAUAGUCUGGUGGAAGCCGUCCUGAUCUCAGAGGGCCUGGGCCUUUAUGCACGGGAUCCUAAGUUUGUGGCAUUUGCGAAGCGUGAGAUUGCCGACGCGUGCCACAUGACUGUAGAUGAGAUGGAGUCCGCUGCCUCCGACCUGCUUGGUUCCCACGGUAACCACGGCCUCCUUGACAACACUGCGGCCACAACCCCUGACCUCACCUCCAUGUACAGCGAUGAUGAGCCAAUAAGAGCAAGUCGCGAGGAGGACGAGCUUGCAGAUGAAAUGAGCUGUGUGACAUCAUUCUGA